GUAAAAAAAUAUUCUGUUUGAUGAGAUUGUCGCAGUAUUCAACAGAUACAGAAUUAUAGCAUAUUGUUUCAGGGACCACGAUGGAAAUACUGUAAAGUCGGCCGAUUGCCUACUUUAUUGUUUUUUAUCCCAGAAUAUUUGCAUUGUAUUGUUGUUGUGGCUGUCUGAAUUCUGAAUAAAUAAAAAAAAACAAUAAAGAAAAACAAUAUUGUUGUUUUUUGUUUUUUUUUUUACAGCUUAUUGAAUUGUUAGACUGGUACACUAUGGAAUACAAAGAUGCAAUGAUGGCCAAUCCUCCUAUGUGGUUCAAAUCUUUUGUGUUUUCAGAAAUAUUUCUGCAGCUACCAUUUUUCUUUUUGGGUACCUAUGCAUUUUACAAAGGUGGGUGUGGCUGGAUCCGCAUUCCUGCAUUAGUCUACGCCUCGCACGUUGCCACAACACUUAUUGCAAUAUUGGGGCAUAUUCUAUUCCAUGAUUUCAGCGAUUCCAAGUAUCCUGGUCCAGAAACGUCGGAUGAACGUCUAAUGCUAGCCUCAUUUUAUCUGCCUUACUUUGUUGUACCUGUACUCAUCAUUUUAACAAUGCUCUUCCAUCCAGACUAUACAACUAACAAAAAACAGAAAGCACACUGAAGA